UUGAUAGUUAGCUAGCGGGGUUAUUUUGCAAGUGUGUGAAAAUGUGUCCGAUAUCAUUUGAUACGGUUUAAAGUAGAUUUUGAUAUUGCCAAACACGGACUAUAAACGUGGAACCAACCACAAUUCCAUAUCGUUUUGUUAUCGGGUCUAGUAAAGUAAGUUAGCUGGUUAGCUAAAGCCUAGCUUACUGAUUUAGCUAGUUUUCAAAUAGUUCUGUAUAGAAAGCAUUCAGCUAUCUAGCUAAUGUGAACUCGUGGUGAACGGUCAGUGGAAUGAAAACGGUGAUGUCAGAAUAAUCUGCUAUAAUUCAGUGCUCUAACUACAUAAUUCCUAGGAAGCUAUAGAAGAAUUCAUGAUGGAUGAGGAUUCUGCCGACCCAUCCAACCCCCCUCUCUCCUGCUCCACUGAACCCAACCCUCCAGAGUCACUGGUUCCUGACUCUAACCAUAGAGACAUCGACACCUGCAGUGAAAUACCCAGAUUUAACAUUGUAGUCAAGGAGGAGGAGGAAGACUGGGAUGUGGAUAAUACUGGAGAGAAUCCUAACCCCAGCUCUAGUGAAGAGGCAUCAGCAGAACAACACCAGGAGAAUCCUAACUCCAGCUCUAGUGAAGAGGCAUCAGCAGAACAACACCAGGAGAAUCCUAACUCCAGCUCUAGUGAAGAGGCAUCAGCAGAACAACACCUGGAGAAUCCUACGGCUAAGAAGCCAUGGCGAUGCCCCCAAUGUGAAAUAGAAAUCGCUCACCCAUCCAAUAUAAACAGACACCUAAGAACACACACAAAACCUGCUAAGGAGUCUUCCGUCUGUCCAGUAUGUGGAAAAGACUUUGUUCACCCCUCCAAACUGAAGAGACACUGCCGAACACAUACAGGAGAGAAGCCUUACCAGUGCUCUGUGUGCGGGAAGCGAUUCACACUGAAGCCCCACCUGGAAAGACAUCAGAUGACCCACCCUGGAGAGAAACAGCCAGACGCGACAAAGAAGCACCCGUGCUCCGAUUGUGGAAAGGAAUGUUUCUCUGCAUAUGAACUGAAGAUGCACAUGAGAAAGCACACAGGGGAGAGACCUCACCAGUGCUCCUACUGCGAGAUGAGCUUUGGCUGUAAGGGAACUCUAUCGAGACACGUACGACGCCAUACAGGAGCACCCACACCAAAACCUUACCAAUGCUCACAGUGUGGGAAGAGAUACGAGUCACCGUCGAGGCUCAGGCAGCAUCAGACUGUGCACACUGGAGAGAAACCUUACGAGUGCUCUGAUUGCGGGAGGGGUUUCGCUUCGACCGAAGGUCUUCGCAAACAUCAAUGCAGUCAUGCCAGUAACCAUAGCAACCAGUGUACACUGGGAAUUCGAGAUACGGCAUCAUCGGGCAGUCAAACUAUGAAUAUCAAGAUCGAAGACGAGGAACAGGAGCUGGCAAUUAAUGUCAAUGAGGAGGAGGAGGAAAUUGUUGUUUUUGUCAAUGGUGAUAAAGAAACCUUACCAGUGUACCACCUGUAAUCAGAGCUUUGUUCACCCUAGCUCUCUAGCAAGACACAAACAAUCCCACACUAGUGUCACGCAGUACAGCUAUUCAGAAUGUGGGAAGGAAUUCAGCCAAUCGUGGACUUUCAAGAUACACAUGCAACAGCAUACCGGAGAGCACCCGUACCACUGCUGUCAGUGUGAUAAGAGUUUCUCAGCUUUUGCACUUCUCAGAAGACACCAGAUAGUUCACACUAGGGUGAAACCUUACCCCUGCUCUCUCUGUAGGAAUAGAUUCUCCCUCGUCAGCAAACCGAUCCAGUCAAAGACAUCAUGUCCUUGCCAAAAAAUGUAGCUGCUUCUUCCCUGAACCAAUCUCGUGGACAGGGAUCACAACAGCAGGUGUCUAUUCUAGUACCGUAUGUCAAAGUGAAAGAGAAGAAGGAGGAUCCUGCUUUUGUGAGCUAAAGCGUUUAUUUUGUACUAUUGCUUAGAUAUUUAAUGGGCCCAUACUUGCGACCUCUUGCUUAAACUUAGGCUUAGUUUCUUGAGAACUCUUGCUUAAGCUUUUCCCAUUAAAUAAUGUAGCCCUAUGCUAACACGACCAGCUGACAGCAUGAGAAAACGUAGCCCUAUGCUAACACAACCAGCUGAUAGCAUGAGAAAACAUAGCCCUGUGCUAACACAACCAGCUGAAAGCAUGAGAAAACGUAGCCCUAUGCUAACACGACCAGCUGAUAGCAUGAGAAAACGUAGCCCUAUGCUAACACAACCAGCUGAUAGCAUGAGAAAACGUAGCCCUAUGCUAACACGACCAGCUGACAGCAUGAGAAAACAUAGCCCUGUGCUAACACAACCAGCUGAUAGCAUGAGAAAACGUAGCCCUGUGCUAACACAACCAGCUGAUAGCAUGAGAAAAGUAGCCCUGUGCUAACACGACCAGCUGACAGCAUGAGAAAACGUAGCCCUGUGCUAACACACUGGAUAGAAACCUUAUGCCUGCCCCGACUGUGACAAGAGCUUUGCUUUCGCCUCAGCCUUGAAAAGACACCAUAAGUUACACACAGGAGAGAAACCCCACUCCUGCUCUGUGUGUGGGAAGAGUUUUACUCAAUCAUCCACCUUGAAGGAUCACUUCAGGACGCAUUCAGGAGAGAAACCCUGCUCUGUCUGCCGUGUUUUAGUUAUCCAAGAUCCUUUUAAGCUCCAAUGCCUGAAACUCGAGACGCCGGGUGAGGGGCCUACAGUACCUCGUGGACUGGGAGGGGUACGCAUUCAGGAGAGAAACCCUGCUCUGUCUGCCGUGUUUUAGUUAUCCAAGAUCCUUUUAAGCUCCAAUGCCUGAAACACUCCAAUGCCUGAAACUCGAGACGCCGGGUGAGGGGCCUACAGUACCUCGUGGACUGGGAGGGGUACGCAUUCAGGAGAGAAACCCUGCUCUGUCUGCCGUGUUUUAGUUAUCCAAGAUCCUUUUAAGCUCCAAUGCCUGAAACUCGAGACGCCGGGUGAGGGGCCUACAGUACCUCGUGGACUGGGAGGGGUACGCAUUCAGGAGAGAAACCCUGCUCUGUCUGCCGUGUUUUAGUUAUCCAAGAUCCUUUUAAGCUCCAAUGCCUGAAACACUCCAAUGCCUGAAACUCGAGACGCCGGAUGAGGGGCCUACAGUACCUCGUGGACUGGGAGGGGUACGGUCCGGAGGAGAGGUGCUGGGUAUCCGGUGGGGGACAUUUUGGACCCUUCACUUCUGAGGGACUUCCACCGCCUCCACCCGGAUCGACCGGCACCUCGCCCCCCCCCCCCCGGGUCGCCCACGGGGCCGGUGGCGGCGCGCUCCGGGAGCCGUGCGUCGGGGGGGGGGGGGGGGUACUGUCACGACUCCCCUGCCUGUUCGGGCGGGGCUCGGCGGUCGUCGUCACCGGCCUACUAGCCGUCACCGAUCCCUUUUUCAUUUUCUGUUAGUUUAGUCUUAUGAGUUGCACCUGUUCCUAUUUGUGUUUUCUUGAUUUUCUAGCCUAUUUUAGCUUGUUAGGAUCUAGUUUGUGGGGGAUUAUUUUGUGUUCACGUUUAGUGUUGGCUGUGGUUUUGUGCUCCGGACCGUGUUUUGGGUUGGUCAGUGUUUUCAGCCCUGUGUUUUGGGUUGGUCAGUGUUUUCAGCCCUGUGUUUGGGGUUGGUCAGUGUUUUCCUCCCUGUGUUCUGGGUAGGUCAGUGUUUUCAGCCCUGUGUUCUGGGUUGGUCAGUGUUUUCCUCCCUGUGUUUGGGCAUGACCGUUUGUGCCGGAAAUAAAGUGCCUAUUUUACUUGAACUCUCUGCUCUCUGCACCUGACUUCUUUCUACCUUCCACUCCUAUUCAUCCGUGACAAAGCAUUUUUCUACGGCUGGCCAUGCUUUCCACCUGGCUACUCCUACCCCGGUCAACAGCACUGCACCCCCCACAGCAACUCGCCCAAGCCUUCCCCAUUUCUCCUUCUCCCAAAUCCAGUCAGC